AUGAUUCCUACUGGAUUUAAUAAAGAUAUGAAAACUAUUCUCCCAUCUACAUCAAAUUUUAGUAUAUUUGGCUACUUAUUCUUUACAUUAACAAGUGUUAGUAUUAUUAUAGGUGUUGUCAUAGUUUGUCUUACAUCGCCUAAACCCCCAGAUAAAGUAUGCAAGUUCAUUGUGAAAUCCGAAGCUCGUAGUUCAAUCACCAUCGAUUCUUAUCCACGUUCGAUCGUUGUUGCUGAUUUCAAUAAUGAUGAUCGUCUCGAUAUGGUCGUUCCAAAUUCUGGUACAAAUUGUAUUGGAGUAUUUAUGGGUGAUACUAAUGAUACAUGGAAAAAUCAAAUAACAUAUUGUACAGGUGCUCGUUCAAUUCCAUAUGCAGUGGUUAUCGCUGAUUUUGAUCAUGAUCAACAACUUGAUAUAGCAGUAGCAAAUUACGGUACAAAUAAUGUGGGUAUCUUUCUUGGUACAGUCAAUGGUACUUUCAGUUCUCAAACAACAUUUUCUACUCGAUCUUCUCGUCCAAGAUAUAUUGCUGCAAAUGAUUUCAAUAAUGAUACAAUAAUUGAUAUUGUUGUCAUCAAUUAUGGCACCAACGACAUUGGUAUUUUUCUAGGUGAUGGAUAUGGAAACUUUGCCAGUCAAGCAGGUACCAUAGUUUUAUCUGAUUGUUCGAAAGAUCUUCAAGAAAAAUAUUCAUCAUCAACAUUAACUAUUGAACAAUUAGAUGAAUUAGUCGAACAAUUUCUUUCUGCUGUUGAUUCGAAUACUCUGAAGACAAUUGGAUAUACAAGUACAAUACCUCUGAUGCCUUAUAGUAUUUCUAAAGCAGCGACGAUUGCUUUGACUCGAAUUGAAGCAAAACAAUGGUCGAAUGAAAAGAAAAUCUUUGUAUAUUCUGUAUGUCCAGGUUAUUGCAAUACUGAUCUAAGUGCACAUGCUGCAGAUAGUCGAUCAGCAGAAAAUGGAGCCGAUUCAAUCUUAUAUUUAGUUCAUACACCAUCUGAUCAAUUAGAAAAUGGAGGUUUUUAUCUUGAUGGUGUUCAAUUUCCCCAAAUUAAUCAAGAUCAAGAUUUAAUUCGACAAGCAUUUGAACGCAUUUCAAAAGUUAAUGCAGCAAAAUAA